UCCGCGGCUGUUGACCCGGCUGGCCGGGAGCAGGGAGAGAUGCGGAGCCGGGCUGCCAGCGCCCCCCUCCCAACGCCGCUGCUGCCUCUGCUACUGCUGCUGCUGCUGCUGCUGCCGCCGUCGCCACUGCUGGGAGAUCAAGUGGGGCCCUGUCGUUCUCUGGGGUCCGGGGGACGCGGCUCCUCUGGGGCCUGCGCCCCCGUAGGCUGGCUCUGCCCAGCCUCCGCUUCGAACCUCUGGCUCUACACCAGCCGCUGCAGAGAUUCGGGUAUUGAGCUGACUGGCCACCUGGUGCCCCACCACGAUGGCCUGAGGGUCUGGUGUCCAGAAUCAGGGGCCCAUAUCCCUCUUCCGCCGUCCCCUGAAAGCUGCCCCUGGAGCUGUCGUCUCCUGGGUAUUGGAGGACACCUUUCUCCACAAGGCAAGCUGACCCUGCCUCAAGAGCACCCUUGCUUAAAGGCCCCACGGCUGAGAUGCCAGUCUUGCAUGCUGGCACAGACCCCAGGGCUCAGGGCUGCGGCGGAAGGAUCACCAGAGGAAUCUAUGGGUGGGCGCAGGAAAAGGAAUGUGAACACAGCCCCCCAGUUCCAGCCUCCCAGCUACCAGGCCACAGUGCCUGAGAACCAGCCAGCUGGUACCUCUGUCGCAUCCUUAAGAGCCAUUGAUCCAGAUGAGGGUGAGGCAGGUCGACUUGAGUACACCAUGGAUGCCCUCUUCGAUAGCCGCUCCAAUCAUUUCUUCUCCUUGGACCCAAUCACCGGUACUGUCACCACAGCUGAGGAGCUGGAUCGUGAGACCAAGAGCACCCACGUCUUCAGGGUCACUGCCCAGGAUCACGGAAUGCCCCGACGGAGUGCCUUGGCCACACUUACCAUCCUAGUGACUGACACCAAUGAUCAUGACCCUGUUUUUGAGCAGCAAGAAUACAAGGAGAGCCUCAGGGAGAACCUGGAAGUAGGCUAUGAGGUGCUUACAGUCAGGGCCACCGAUGGUGAUGCCCCUCCCAAUGCCAACAUUCUGUACCGCCUGCUCGAGGGUGCUGGAGGCAGCCCCUCCGAAGUCUUUGAGAUUGAUCCUCGCUCUGGGGUGAUCCGAACCCGUGGCCCUGUGGAUCGGGAAGAGGUGGAAUCCUACAAAUUGACAGUGGAGGCAAGUGACCAGGGACGGGACCCUGGCCCACGGAGUUCCACGGCUGCUGUCUUCCUGUCGGUGGAAGAUGAUAAUGACAACGCACCCCAGUUCAGUGAGAAGCGCUAUGUGGUUCAGGUGCGGGAGGAUGUGACCCCAGGAGCCCCAGUUCUCCGAGUCACAGCCUCGGACAGAGACAAGGGCAGCAAUGCCCUGGUGCACUACAGCAUCAUGAGUGGCAAUGCUCGGGGACAGUUCUAUCUGGAUGCUCAGACCGGGGCCCUGGAUGUGGUAAGCCCACUUGACUAUGAGACAACCAAAGAAUAUACACUCCGGAUACGGGCUCAGGAUGGUGGCCGGCCUCCACUUUCCAACGUCUCCGGCCUAGUAACAGUGCAAGUCCUGGACAUCAAUGAUAAUGCCCCCAUCUUUGUCAGCACCCCUUUCCAGGCCACUGUCCUAGAGAGUGUCCCUUUAGGCUACCUAGUUCUGCAUGUCCAGGCGAUUGAUGCUGAUGCUGGUGACAACGCCCGCCUGGAAUAUAGCCUGGCUGGUGUUGGGCACGACUUCCCCUUCACCAUUAACAACGGCACAGGCUGGAUCUCUGUGGCGGCCGAGUUGGACCGGGAAGAGGUUGAUUUCUACAGCUUUGGUGUAGAGGCCCGAGACCAUGGCGCCCCAGCACUGACUGCGUCAGCAAGCGUCAGUGUAACCAUCCUGGAUGUCAAUGACAACAACCCAACCUUUACCCAGCCGGAGUACACGGUACGGCUCAACGAGGAUGCGGCCGUGGGCACCAGCGUGGUGACAGUGUCAGCCGUGGAUCGAGAUGCUCACAGUGUCAUCACCUACCAGAUCACCAGUGGCAAUACCCGCAACCGUUUCUCUAUCACCAGCCAAAGUGGAGGGGGGCUGGUUUCCCUCGCCUUACCCCUGGACUACAAACUUGAGCGGCAGUAUGUGCUGGCAGUGACGGCCUCGGACGGCACAAGGCAGGAUACAGCUCAGGUCGUGGUGAAUGUCACUGAUGCCAACACCCACCGCCCCGUCUUCCAGAGCUCCCACUAUACGGUAAAUGUGAAUGAAGACCGGCCAGCAGGCACCACGGUGGUAUUGAUCAGUGCUACGGAUGAGGACACAGGUGAGAAUGCCCGAAUCACCUACUUUAUGGAGGACAGCAUCCCCCAGUUCCGAAUCGAUGCGGACACCGGGGCUGUCACCACCCAGGCUGAGCUGGACUAUGAGGACCAGGUGUCUUACACCCUGGCCAUCACUGCUCGCGACAACGGCAUUCCUCAGAAGUCUGACACCACCUACCUGGAGAUACUGGUGAACGAUGUAAACGACAAUGCCCCCCAGUUCCUGCGAGAUUCCUACCAGGGGAGUGUCUACGAGGAUGUGCCUCCCUUCACCAGCGUCCUGCAGAUCUCAGCCACUGACCGUGACUCCGGUCUCAAUGGCAGGGUUUUCUACACCUUCCAAGGAGGGGAUGACGGAGAUGGCGACUUCAUUGUAGAGUCCACGUCAGGCAUCGUGCGGACGCUGAGGAGGCUGGAUCGUGAGAACGUGGCCCAGUACAUCUUACGCGCAUAUGCAGUGGACAAGGGGAUGCCACCAGCCCGCACACCCAUGGAAGUGACUGUCACUGUGUUGGAUGUGAAUGACAACCCCCCUGUCUUUGAGCAGGAUGAGUUUGAUGUGUUUGUGGAAGAGAACAGCCCCAUCGGGCUGGCCGUGGCCCGGGUCACAGCCACUGACCCAGAUGAAGGGACCAACGCACAGAUCAUGUACCAGAUUGUGGAGGGCAACAUCCCUGAGGUCUUCCAGCUGGACAUCUUCUCAGGGGAGCUGACUGCCCUGGUGGAUCUGGACUAUGAGGACCGGCCUGAGUAUAUCCUGGUCAUCCAGGCCACAUCCGCUCCCUUGGUAAGCAGGGCUACUGUCCACGUCCGCCUCCUUGACCGCAAUGACAACCCGCCAGUGCUGGGCAACUUUGAGAUUCUUUUCAACAACUAUGUCACAAACCGCUCAAGCAGCUUCCCUGGGGGGGCUAUAGGCCGUGUGCCUGCCCAUGACCCUGACAUCUCAGACAGCCUGACGUACAGCUUUGAGAGAGGAAAUGAGCUCAGCCUGGUCCUACUCAACGCCACCACGGGAGAGCUGAGACUGAGCCGUGCACUGGACAACAACCGGCCCCUGGAAGCCAUUAUGAGCGUGUUGGUGUCAGAUGGUGUCCACAGUGUGACCGCCCAGUGCUCACUACGCGUCACCAUCAUCACAGAUGAGAUGCUCACACACAGCAUCACACUGCGCUUGGAAGACAUGUCCCCAGAGCGCUUUCUGUCACCGCUGCUGGGACUCUUCAUCCAGGCUGUGGCAGCCACGUUGGCCACACCUCCAGAUCACGUGGUGGUCUUCAAUGUGCAAAGAGACACCGAUGCCCCCGGGGGCCAUAUCCUCAACGUGAGCCUGUCAGUGGGCCAGCCCCCAGGCCCCGGGGGUGGGCCGCCCUUUCUGCCUUCAGAGGACCUGCAGGAGCGCCUGUAUCUCAACCGCAGCCUGCUCACCGCCAUCUCCGCUCAACGCGUGCUGCCCUUCGACGACAACAUAUGCCUGCGCGAGCCCUGUGAGAACUACAUGCGCUGCGUGUCCGUGCUGCGCUUUGACUCCUCUGCGCCCUUCAUCGCCUCCUCGUCCGUGCUCUUCCGGCCCAUUCACCCCGUCGGGGGCCUGCGCUGUCGCUGUCCACCCGGCUUCACGGGCGACUACUGUGAGACUGAGGUGGAUCUCUGUUACUCAAGGCCUUGUGGACCCCACGGGCACUGCCGCAGUCGAGAGGGUGGCUACACCUGCCUCUGUCGCGAUGGCUACACGGGUGAGCACUGUGAAGUGAGUGCCCGCUCAGGCCGUUGCUCUCCAGGUGUCUGCAAGAACGGGGGUACCUGUGUCAACCUGUUGGUGGGAGGUUUCAAAUGUGACUGCCCGUCUGGGAACUUUGAGAAACCCUUCUGCCAGGUGACCACGAGAAGCUUCCCUGCCCGCUCCUUCAUCACCUUCCGUGGCCUGCGCCAGCGUUUCCACUUCACCCUGGCCCUCUCGUUUGCUACCAAGGAGCGUGAUGGGCUUCUAUUGUACAAUGGGCGCUUCAAUGAGAAGCAUGACUUUGUGGCUCUGGAGGUGAUCCAGGAGCAGGUCCAGCUCACCUUCUCUGCAGGGGAGUCAACCACCACCGUGUCCCCGUUUGUGCCUGGAGGGGUCAGUGAUGGUCAGUGGCACACAGUGCAGCUGAAGUACUACAAUAAGCCAGUGUUGGGCCAGACAGGGCUUCCACAAGGCCCAUCUGAGCAGAAGGUAGCUGUGGUGACUGUGGAUGGCUGUGACACAGGGGUGGCUCUGCGCUUUGGAGCUGUGCUGGGCAACUACUCCUGUGCUGCCCAGGGCACCCAAGGAGGCAGCAAGAAGUCUCUGGACCUGACCGGGCCCUUGUUGCUGGGAGGGGUGCCAGAUCUGCCGGAGAAUUUCCCUGUCCGAAUGCGGCACUUCGUGGGCUGUAUGAGGAACCUUCAGGUGGAUAGCCGGCACGUAGACAUGGCCGACUUCAUUGCCAAUAAUGGCACUGUGCCUGGCUGCCCCACCAAGAAGAAUGUGUGUGACAGCAACACUUGCCACAACGGUGGCACCUGCGUGAACCAGUGGGAUACGUUCAGCUGCGAGUGUCCAUUAGGCUUCGGGGGCAAGAGCUGUGCCCAGGAAAUGGCCAAUCCCCAGCGUUUCCUGGGCAGCAGCCUUGUGGCCUGGCACAGCCUCUCUCUGCCCAUCUCUCAACCCUGGCACCUCAGCCUCAUGUUCCGCACACGCCAGGCAGAUGGCGUCCUGCUGCAGGCCGUCACCAGGGGGCGCAGCACCAUCACCCUACAGCUUCGGGGAGGCCACGUCGUGCUAAGUGUGGAGGGCACAGGACUCCAGGCCUCAUCUCUGCGUCUGGAGCCAGGCCGGGCCAACGAUGGUGACUGGCAUCAUGCACAGCUGUCACUGGGAGCGAGCGGGGGCCCUGGCCAUGCCAUCCUAUCCUUUGACUAUGGGCAACAGAGGGCAGAGGGUAACCUGGGCCCUCGGCUGCACGGGCUGCACCUGAGCAAUAUUACAGUCGGGGGAGUGCCUGGGCCAGCCAACGGUGCGGCUCGAGGCUUCCGGGGCUGUUUGCAGGGCGUGCGGGUAAGCGAGACACCUGAGGGCGUUAGCAGUCUGGAUCCCAGCCGUGGGGAGAGCAUCAAUGUGGAACCGGGCUGUAGCUGGCCAGAUCCCUGUGACUCAAACCCAUGCCCUGCCAACAGCUACUGCAGCAAUGACUGGGACAGCUAUUCUUGCAGCUGUGAUCCAGGUUACUAUGGUGACAACUGCACUAAUGUAUGUGACCUGAAUCCAUGUGAGCACCAAUCUGUGUGUACCCGAAAACCCAGUGCACCCCUUGGCUACAUCUGCGAGUGUUUACCAAACUAUCUUGGGCCAUACUGUGAGACCAGGAUUGACCAACCUUGCCCCCGUGGCUGGUGGGGACACCCCACAUGUGGUCCAUGCAACUGUGAUGUCAGCAAAGGCUUUGACCCAGAUUGCAACAAGACAAGUGGCGAGUGCCACUGCAAGGAGAACCACUACCGGCCCCCUGGUAGCCCCACUUGCCUCUUGUGCGACUGUUACCCCACUGGUUCUUUGUCCCGAGUCUGUGACCCUGAGGAUGGCCAGUGUCCAUGCAAGCCUGGUGUCAUUGGGCGUCAAUGUGAUCGCUGUGACAACCCAUUUGCUGAGGUCACCACCAAUGGCUGCGAAGUGAAUUAUGACAGCUGUCCACGGGCCAUAGAGGCUGGGAUUUGGUGGCCCCGUACGCGCUUCGGGCUACCUGCUGCUGCCCCCUGCCCCAAAGGUUCCUUUGGGACUGCUGUGCGCCAUUGUGAUGAGCACAGAGGCUGGCUCCCUCCAAACCUCUUCAACUGCACGUCAGUCACCUUCUCAGAGCUAAAGGGCUUUGCUGAGCGGCUGCAGCGAAAUGAGUCAGGCCUGGACUCAGGACGCUCCCAGCGGCUAGCCCUGCUGCUGCGCAACGCCACACAGCACACCGCCGGCUACUUUGGCAGCGAUGUCAAGGUGGCCUACCAGCUGGCCACACGACUUCUGGCUCACGAGAGUGCCCAGCGGGGUUUUGGGCUGUCUGCCACACAGGAUGUGCAUUUCACCGAGAAUCUGCUGAGGGUGGGCAGCGCCCUCCUGGAUGCAGCCAACAAGAGGCACUGGGAGCUGAUCCAACAGACAGAGGGUGGUACCGCCUGGCUGCUCCAGCACUAUGAGGCCUACGCCAGUGCCCUCGCUCAGAAUAUGCGGCACACCUACCUAAGCCCCUUCACCAUCGUCACACCCAACAUUGUCAUCUCUGUAGUGCGCCUGGAUAAAGGGAACUUCGCCGGGACCAAGCUGCCCCGUUAUGAGGCACUGCGUGGGGAGCGUCCCCCGGAUCUUGAGACCACAGUCAUUUUGCCAGAGUCUGUCUUCAGAGAGAUGCCCCCCAUGGUGAGGCCUGCAGGCCCGGGCGAAGCCCAGGAGACUGAGGAACUGGCACGGAGGCAGCGGCGGCACCCAGAACUGAGUCAGGGCGAGGCAGUGGCCAGCGUCAUCAUCUACCACACCCUGGCUGGACUGCUGCCCCACAACUACGACCCGGACAAGCGAAGCCUGAGAGUCCCCAAGCGCCCAGUCAUCAACACGCCUGUGGUAAGCAUCAGCGUCCAUGACGAUGAGGAGCUCCUGCCACGCGCUCUGGACAAGCCAGUCACGGUGCAGUUCCGGCUGCUGGAGACUGAGGAGCGGACCAAGCCCAUCUGUGUCUUCUGGAACCACUCAAUCUUGGUCAGUGGCACUGGCGGCUGGUCUGCCCGAGGCUGUGAAGUCGUCUUCCGUAAUGAGAGCCACGUCAGCUGCCAGUGCAACCACAUGACAAGCUUUGCUGUGCUUAUGGACGUGUCCCGGCGGGAGAAUGGUGAGAUCUUACCCCUGAAGACUCUGACGUUCGUGGCCCUUGGAGUCACCUUAGCUGCCCUGAUGAUCACCUUCCUCUUCCUCACUCUCCUUCGUACCCUACGCUCCAACCAACAUGGCAUCCGACGCAACCUCACAGCUGCCCUGGGCCUGGCCCAGCUAGUCUUUCUCCUGGGGAUCAACCAGGCUGACCUCCCUUUUGUUUGCACAGUCAUCGCCAUCUUGCUGCACUUCCUGUACCUUUGCGCCUUCGCCUGGGCUCUGCUGGAAGCCUUACACCUGUACCGGGCACUCACAGAGGUGCGAGACGUCAAUGCCAGCCCCAUGCGUUUCUACUACAUGCUGGGCUGGGGUGUUCCUGCUUUCAUCACAGGUCUGGCUGUGGGCUUGGAUCCUGAAGGCUAUGGGAACCCUGACUUCUGCUGGCUCUCCAUCUACGAUACGCUCAUCUGGAGUUUUGCUGGCCCGGUGGCCUUCGCUGUUUCGAUGAGUGUCUUCCUGUACAUCCUGGCGGCCCGAGCCUCCUGUGCUGCCCAGCGGCAGGGCUUCGAGAAGAAAGGCCCUGUCUCAGGCCUGCGUCCCUCCUUUGCUGUCCUUCUGCUACUGAGUGCCACGUGGCUGCUGGCACUGCUCUCUGUCAACAGCGACACUCUCCUCUUCCACUACCUCUUUGCUGCCUGCAAUUGUGUCCAGGGUCCCUUCAUCUUCCUCUCCUAUGUGGUGCUCAGCAAGGAGGUCCGGAAAGCACUGAAGUUCGCCUGCAGCCGCAAGCCCAGUCCUGACCCUGCUCUGACCACUAAGUCCACGCUGACCUCGUCCUAUAACUGCCCCAGCCCCUAUGCUGACGGGAGGCUCUACCAGCCUUAUGGAGAUUCAGCUGGCUCGCUGCACAGUGCCAGCCGCUCAGGCAAGAGCCAGCCCAGCUACAUCCCCUUCUUGCUGAGGGAGGAGUCCACGCUGAACCCUGGCCAGGGUCCCCCUGGCCUAGGGGACCCAGGUGGCCUAUUCCUAGAUGGUCAAGACCAGCAACACGAUCCCGACACGGACUCUGACAGUGACCUGUCCCUGGAAGAUGACCAGAGUGGUUCCUAUGCUUCCACCCACUCAUCAGACAGCGAGGAAGAGGAGGAGGAGGAGGCCGCCUUCCCUGGCGAGCAGGGCUGGGACAGCCUGCUGGGUCCUGGAGCUGAGAGACUGCCCCUGCACAGUACCCCCAAGGAUGUGGGCCCAGGGUCUGGGAAGGUCCCUUGGCCAGGAGACUUUGGGACUACAACAAAGGAGACUAGUGGUGGUGGGCCCCUUGAAGAGCGGCCUCGGGAGAAUGGAGAUGCUCUAUCUCGGGAAGGGUCUCUGGGACCUCUCCCAGUCCCUUCCACCCAACCUCACAAAGGCAUCCUGAAGAAGAAAUGUCUCCCCACCAUCAGUGAAAAGAGCAGCCUCCUGAGGCUGCCCCUGGAGCAGGGCACUGGGUCUUCUCGGGGCUCCUCAGCCAGUGACGGCAGUCGGAACGGGCCUCCCCCUCGCCCACCACCACGCCAGAGUCUCCAGGAACAGCUCAAUGGGGUCAUGCCCAUCGCCAUGAGCAUCAAGGCAGGCACCGUGGAUGAGGACUCGUCGGGCUCCGAAUUUCUCUUCUUUAACUUCCUGCAUUAACCCUGGGCCGGUGUUCCUUCGUGGGUCCCGAAGCUCCCCUCCCUUCCCCUGCCGCGCUCAUGCCCUACUCCUGUCUUCUGCUUUAUCCUGCUCCCUCUGCCUGCCCAAGCAGCGAUGAAACAUCCACCUGAGGAGCCUGGGCCUUGCACCUAAGGCCAUCUAGUGCCAAGUCCCUCCCCCACCCCCCCUCACUGCACUUUGGACCCCUGGGGCCAACAUCUCCAAGACAAAGUUUUUCAGAAAAAAGGAAAAAAAAAGAGGAAAAAAAGAAUUUAAAAAAAGGAUCUCCACUCUUCAUGACUUCAGGGAUUAAUUUUUUUUAUACGCUGGAAAUGGAUUCCCUUUCCCUUCCCAAAGAGGAUAGGACCUCCCAGGACGUGUCCCAGCCUCUCUUCAGUCUCCCAUCUGCUGUGCCUCUGGGAGGAGAGGGACUCUUCGGGGGCCUGCCCCUCAUUUGCCAUCACCAAAAGGAAAGGACAAAGCCACACGCACCAGGGGCUUGUGCCCCUGCAAGGCUGCACCGGACAGACAGGCCUCAGCUGCCGAGGGGUCAGGACAAAAACGGCAUUUCUCAUCUGCCAAUUCCACCUCUCCCAGGACCUGAAAAGCCCUGUCCGGCCAGGGGCAGAAGGACUCAUCGCCCCUGGACCCCCAAAUGCUGCAUGAACCAUUUUAAGGGGAAGCCUGUGCCCCCACAUGGGGAAUGAUUACCCCAGCCCCUCUCCUUUUCCUGGGCUCUGGCCAUGUGCUGCAGCCCAGGUGUUUGCUCAGUUUGCUGACCCCAAAGUGCUUCAUUUCUCCUGCCCGACCUUCGGGGAGGGCCAGUCACGCUUAAGUUACGCUUCUUUGCCGAGUGUGUGGCACCAGGAGAGACAGUAAGCACAGAGCUGGCUUGCUGGCCCCGAGGGGCCUCGAGCACAGGUUUCCAGUCUGGGUUCUGGUGCCCACUCACCCCUCCCAUAUCAGACGAAUGCUGUUUUGUCUGACCUGCCGUGGCCUCUGAGACAUGUUCUAUUUUUAACCCCUUCCUGGAAUUGACUCUCUUCUUCAAAGAACCAGGCCCUGCUCCUUGUCCUCCUGCUUGACCCCAGCUCCCUGUGAAGAGAGAGUUAAUAUAUAUUUUUAUUUAUUUGCUUUUUGUGUUGGGAUGGGUUUGUGUCCAGUCCCGGGGGGUCUGAUACGGCCAUUGCAGGCUGGGUGAGUGUAGCGGACCUGGAUUUGGGGCCUACCAUCCUUCCUCUUCUGCUUCCUCAGUUUUUGACAACCGCUCUUCAUUUGAGUCGCCCUUCCGGCUAAGCAUGUAUCCCAGACUUGUCACUGACUUCCCUUCUAAAGCAGGUGGCUAGAACCAAGGCUGGCUUGGCCUCUGGCUUUCCUGCCAGGGCUUCUCAGCUGCCUUCUGCCCUCAGCAAUUCCUGUAAAGGGUUAAAAAUUUAACUGGAUUUUUUUAAACUACUGAUGACUUGACUUAAAUACAAAGAUGCUGGAAGCUCACUUGAUACUAACCAUCAGAUUGUACAUUUUGACUGUUGCUGUAAAUAUGGUAGUUUUGGUUUUGUUUUUGGUCCCCCCUCAUACUACUGAAUAAACUAGUUCUGUGCA